AUGAUUUCAUAUGAGAAUAUUGGAGACAAGGACAAAACUUUGAUGGAAAUUGCCGAGCUGUACUUGGGUGAGUUGGCCUCCAGGUCCAUCGUCCAACUUCAAAUUAAUUACGAUGGUGUCACAAUCUGCAAACUUCAUGAUGUAGUAAGAGAACUAUGUUUGAAAUUGGGGAGAAGUGAGGAUUUUGGUGCGCAGAGUUUGGAGUAUCAAAGUGGGAAAGCUUCCUCGAAUAGGAAAAUACGGCAUUUGGCUAUACAUUUCAGGAAGGAAGUUCAAGUGGAACCUGACGAGCUUACACUCACUUGGGGAGAAGAUAGUAGUGAACAUUUAAGGUCUCUUCAAAUGUUCAGUCACAUAAAUUCGGGUGUUGUUGAGUUUCCCCCGCAAGGUAUUGUUGAUUUUCAGAAAUUCAAAUUGCUGAGAGAUCUAGGUAUGGUGGGAUUCAAAUUUGAAGGAAGAAAGUUACCAAAAGGGAUCACUAAUCUGGUUCACCUUAGACGUUUGCAUUUAGAAAAUUGUGAAUUUGAUAAGCUACUGUUGUCCAUAAGGAAUUUGGUAUACCUGGAUAACCUUGAUUUACGUGAUUCGAUGAAUGUUGAAGUUCCAAAUGUUUUUAAGGAGAUGCUACGUUUAAAGCACUUGUUUCUUCCCGAUUAUGAUGAGGAAAAAAUUGGAAGUUAUCGAUUGACAUUGGACGAGGGAGUGAUUAAGUUGGAGACCCUGUGGAAUUUGGAUAGUAGAGUGCAUGAAUUAAAAUUUCCAAAUAGAAUGAUGAAUCUGCGAAGUUUCAGAACAAAAAUACACGACAAUGAAAGCUUGUCAGUCAACAUCGACGCCAUUGCUCUCAUGGAAAAGUUACUGUUUUGUUUUGUUGAAAUCAAAAAUGGUUGCGAGUUAGGAACAAAUAAGGGAGUGUUAACGCUGAAGAAGGUAAUCACAUGUCCCAAUCUUCAUUCCUUGUGGAUUCAAGUUAAGUUAGGGAAGGCGCUGGCAGAGUGCGGGAGUGACUUCAUCAGUUCAAAACUUAUAACUUUGUCCCUGUCAGAAUGUGAGAUUGAGGAUGAUCCAAUGGGGAUACUGGGGAACCUUCCUUGCUUGAUACAUUUGUAUUUAUUGAUGAAAUCAUUUGUGGGGGAGGAGAUGACGUGUCUAUCAAACAGUUUUCCUCGCCUCGUGAUGCUUUCGCUAUUGCAAUUACCGAACCUGAGAGAGUGGAGAGUGGAGGCAGGAGCCAUGCCCCUUCUCUCUCAUUUAGAGAUAGAUGAGUGUUUAAGUCUGAAGAUGCUUCCAGAUGGAUUGAGUGGCAUUUAUACUCUUCGGGAACUAGAAAUUAUUGAUAUGCUGGAAUUGGGAAAAAGGGUAUCGCCAUCAGGAGAGGAUUUCCACAAAGUCAGCCAUAUCCCUUCAAUUAUCAUCCGAGACAAUCGAUGA